AUGCGUUCUCUCAAUUUUUUCUAUCUGAUUCUGAUUAUUCUACUUGGAGCCGGUGCAGCUGACGUGCCAGAAUGUACUGGAACAGUUCAGUUCAACCCAUCAAAGAAUCUUGAUACUUUAAUCUGGUACCCAACUAAUCCUUCUGUCGCACCAACGUUUCCUAUGAACUACGAAUGUCUUUACCAGAUCAAUGUCCCUCAAGGAUGGAGUUCGUAUAUCGAACUAAAAUUCCUGCCGACUACAAAUACAACUGCAAACAACUCAGUUGUUCAGCGAAAAUCGCGGCGUAGCCGCGAAUUUUCUGCUGGUUAUGACUAUGCAAACGUAACAGGAUUGGAUACCCAGCCUUACGUUACUGACCACUUAUUCCAAGGAAUCCAAGUGACCGCUGAAUCGAGAGUUUCCAUUAUCGCAAUACCUUCUAGUGAUCCUUCGUACCGUGGAAGUUAUAUGAACAAACUCAGGAGUAUUCUAAUUUUCGAUGGCCCUAGUGUGAAUUCCACUUGUCUUGGUACUGCUCUACAGCUCUUGCACAGUAACCGGCAGUACGUGACAUCUGGAAGAGUCGUCACAGUGAUUCCCCUCCAAAAACCAACUUACCCGGAUUACUACCAGCUCAUGUUCCAAGAUUUCGAAAACACGAAGGAUAUUACUGAAUACCGUGGUGUUUCAUGUCAAGGCUACUGUGAUCCGAUAGUAAUGGAUGGGUCCAAAAGCCCCUCUGCGUUUUCCACGUUCUCAAAUUAUGGAUUUGCAAAUGAUUGUCUGAUGAGUGUUAGUGGAACCGGUAACUUGGAUGUCUACUAUGGUGGGAAGACGGAUUCAAAAUCUAACUUGAUUGCUUCUUACUCAGAAGCCAGCAAUGAGUUAAUGCUCCCACAACUGUUUCGAGGCGUCGUCAGAACUUAUGUUCUUACCGGAGGCAUCGCUACUGUCAACAUAACUCACAAUCUUGAAAUUUGUCGAUCUAUAAAAAAGAAUCAAAAGGGAUUUAUCACGUCUCCUUUCUACAAAACUGGAAUCACGUUUCCUUGGUUUGGCUAUGAUUCGAUAAAUGUUUACUCUGAUACUCCGUACAAAUACACAUUCAAUAUUCAAGACGUCGACUUAUCGAAAAACAGCAGUCUCCAAUUAAGUGUUUUCAAUAAUAACUCAAGAGCAUAUGACAUCGUAUACAAUGAAAUCAACCUUCCAUCUCUAAAUCAAUCAGUAAAUGCUGUUGGAACUCGUUGGACUAUCAUAUACGCUUGUAACAAAACAGGAGACUACUUCAUUAACUACGAUGUGGUCAAAAUCAAUGUCCCUCAAGGAUGGAGUUCGUAUAUUAAACUUAAAUUCUUGCCGACUACAAAUACAACUGCAAACAACUCAGUUGUUCAAGUUAUCGAUUUCAAUCAGAGAGUUGAAAACAUUUAUUAUACUGGCUAUGACCAAUUUUAUUUCAUCGCUCCAGGAGGAAGAAUCAAAAUUUCGACGAAAGACACAUCUGCUCAAUUUCAGUUUUCGGUUCUAUGGUUUUCCGAAAUCAACCCGGGCAGUUAUGACUAUGCAAACGUUACGGAAUUAGAUACACAACCAUACGUUUCUAACUAUCUGUACAAGGGAAACCAAGUGACCGCUGAAACGAGAGUUUCCAUUAUCACUAUACCACCAAGUGAAUCGUACCUUCUAGAAACUCAUUUAAAGGCACUGAGAAGUAUUUUGAUUUUCGAUGGCCCUAGUGUGAAUUCCACUUGUCUUGGUACAGCAUUGCAACUUUUGAACAGUAACCGACAGUAUGUGACAUCUGGAAGAGUCGUCACAGUGAUUCCUCUCCGACCACUAUCAUAUUGGAGUGACAGUCAACUGAUGUUCCAAGAUUUCGAGAACACAAAGGAUAUAACUGAAUACCGUGGCGUUGCAUGUCAAGGCUACUGUGAUCCCAUAGUAAUGGAUGGGUCUAAAACUCCAUCUGCGUUUUCCACGUUCUCACCUUCUGGAUAUGGAAAUGAUUGUCUGAUGAGUGUUAGUGGAACCGGUAAUUUGGAUGUUUACUAUGGUGGGAAGACAGAUUCAAAAUCUAACUUGAUUGCUUCUUAUUCAGAAGCUAACAAUGAGUUAAUGCUCCCACAACUGCUUCAAGGCGUCGUCAGAACAUAUGUUCUAACUGGAGGCAUCGCUACUGUCAACAUAACUCACAAUUCCGAUGUUUGUCGAUUUAUAAAAAAGAAUCAAAAGGGGUUUAUCACGUCUCCUCUCUACAAAACUGGACUCACGUUUCCUUUCUUUCGCAUUGACUCGAUAUGGAUUUACUCUGAUACUCCGUACAAAUACACAUUCAAUAUUCAAGACGUCGACUUAUCGAAAAACAAUAGUCUCCGCUUAAGUGUUAUCCACAAUAAAUCACGUGUAUAUGACAUUUUAUACAAUGCCACCAACCUACCAUCUCUAAAUGAAUCUGUGAGUGCUGUUGGAACUGAAUGGGAUAUCAAAUACUCUGGGGACUAUGAUAGGAUUAAUGGAGGCUACUUCAUUAACUACGAUAUGGUCAAAGUUAAUUCGGCAUCCUCGUAUCUAUCUAAUUAUGUAGCGACUGUUGUAUCGGUUUGGUUUUUCUUGUGCAUGAUGUUUUAA